AUGACAAUUGCAAUUGAAGAGGUAUUUCCGAAUUCGCAUCAUCGUCUGUGUCUUUGGCAUAUCAUGAAAAAAAUUCCAGCAAAAUUUGGUGGUCAUGCUCAAUACAAAAUGAUAAAGAAACAAUUGAAGAACAUUGUCUAUAACUCACUUACAAUUGAUGAGUGUGAUGAGAAUUGGUUGAAAAUGAUUGAGGAGUUUAAUUUGGAAAAUAAUGAUUGGUUGAAAUCUUUGCAUGAAGAACGACAUAGAUGGAUACCUGUAUACGUUAAAGAUAACUUUUGGGCAGGUAUGUCCACAUCUCAAAGAAGUGAAAGUAUGAAUGCAUUUUUUGAUGACUACGUCCAUUCUAAAACAUCUUUGAAGCAAUUUGUGGAGCAAUAUGAUAAUGCUUUGAAGAAGAAGAUUGAGAAUGAAAAACAUUUGGAUUUUGUUUCUUUUAAUUCUACCAUGCCACUUAUUCUUGGUUAUCCUAUUGAAAGACAAUUUCAAAAUGCAUACACUAACAACUUAUUUAAGUUGUUCCAAGAUGAAAUAAGAGGAUUGAUGUUUUGCGAUGCCUCAUUAUUGAAGGAAGAAGGGACAACUUUAAUAUUUGAAGUAGUAGAAACUAUUUUGGGAAAAAAUGGAGAACCCGUAAGGGAAGUUUCCUUUAGGGUACAUUAUAUGGAGUUAGAUUGCAAAUUGAAAUGUAUGUGCCGUCUAUUUGAGUUUCAGGGAAUUUUAUGUAGGCAUGUGAUCAAAGUGUUGAUAAGAAUGAAGGUGACAGAGGUUCCUAUGAAUUAUAUUAUGGACCGAUGGCGCAAAGAUUUUAAGCGUGGGUAUCAAAGUAUCAGUAACAUCUAUGAUGAUUUUGUUUGUGAUGGAGAAAGACAUCGAUAUAAUAUUCUCACUCCAUUGAUACAAGAGAUUCAACAACUUGGUGCAAAAAAUGAUGACAAUUGUUCUAUGUUGGUGGAAAUCUUGAAAGACACGAAGGAAAAACUAAUUGUUAAUGGUCUUGAGCAUUCAAGGGUUGAACAACUGCAAGGAGUAUCUACAUAUGAUUCAAAAGCAAUACACUCUCCAUUAAAAGUAAGAUCUCGAGGUCGUCCACCCACAAAGAGGAAACAAUCUAAAGAUUGA